UAUCGUGCUGUCAGUUUGACAGAUAUAGUUUGCGUAGUUUGAACGGUUUUAUUAACCUCUUCUGUUAGUUUUAUUUGCUUUUUUUUUAUAAUUUUUCAAUCAUCCUUGGAGAAGAUGCGUUCGCAACGUUACGUCCCAUCUCAUCAGUCCAAAUCGUGGACGGACGAUCUGCCUGUGUGCAAGCAGUCGGGUGUGGGAUUCUCCACUAAUCAGGUCUACAGGGAGGAUGGCAACAGGCAGGAGGAGCACUCCUUCGAGGACAGAAAUUUCCACACCAAAUUGGAUGCUGAGAAUCUGUUUCUGUAUGGUAUCUUCGAUGGCAAUGAAGGUCAGCGAGCCGUGGACUUUUGUGUGCAGAGGAUGCCAGUGGAAUUGCUCUUCGGCCAGCUGAAUCCUUCUAUGAGUGAUGAGGAAAUCAAAGACGCAUUGAGGCAAGCCUUUCUGUCGGUGGAGAAAUCUUAUAUGGAUUCAGUGCUUGAUUUGCUAGCACUAAGAGCGUCUUUUGAUAUUCCCGAGGUGGCGCCUUUUUUUAAAGAGUCACAAGAGAUGAUGGGUAUCAAUUCCGAGCUAUCUUCGGGGACUGCUGUUGCCAUAGCCUUGAUUUACAAUGGGAAAUUGUACGUGGCGAACGUGGGGAACUGCCGUGUUCUUCUGUGCUACACCGAUACUAAUUAUGUGUUGCGUGUUAAGCAAUUAACGGUGGAUCACGAUUUGAAGAAUGAGGACGAACUGUUGAGGCUCUCGCAAUUCGGAAUUAACGUUGAUAAAAUGAGAGAAAGUUGUGUUAUUGGAAAUCAGUCGGCUACCAGAUGUUUGGGCAAUUAUCUUAUUAAAGGAGAAUACAAAGAUAUGCAGGAUCUGGCUAUGGCCACACAUGAGCCGAUCAUUGCCGAGCCGGACAUCGUCGGAGGGAUUCCAAUAGAGGAAAGCCACAGGUUUCUGUUGCUCAUGUCCGCUGGAUUGUAUAAAUGCGUGGAAGAGACGAAGACUACGGAUCAAACUAAUCAAUAUAUUGCUCAGUGCGUCGUUGAACAGUUCAGAGUGCAAGGAACUCUAAAUGGCGUUGCUCAAUCGGUGGUGGAUAAAGUCGCUCGCCUCCACCACGACUCCUACGUAACGGAUUCGUUCACGAAUGAUGGCAUGAAACGGGAAGACAUCACGCUGAUCGUAAGGAAUUUUAACUAUCCAAUGCCGAACGCGAAAUCGCCCACCGUUCCAUCGAUCACCUUUAACCCAAUCGUUUCGAGCACGGUGCUCAGUGCCCAUUCGACACUGACGGACACCUAUACGACAGCCGGCUCUGCCCACAACGGCACUUCGAGCGUAUCCACAGCUAAAGCCCAGAAAGUUGCGACGCCCAACGAGCGAAUCAAGAGCUACGUAGAUUGCAACGAGUUCUACAAGUACGUGAAGCUGGCCAAAGCGAAAGGCACCCUGCCCGAUGGCCUCGAUCUCUAGGUGAUGAUGACCAGCGGUCAUUUUUAAACUGAAGAAAUUGUGAUACCGUUCUUUUAUUUUACUGUUGCGCUUAGCUAGUCAUAUUUAAUCCAAUUAUUUUGUUAAAAAAGAAAACACAUUGUUGUUAUUAUUUCAAUCCCAAUCAAUGUUUAAAGUAAUA